UCUAUAUAUAUAAAAAUGAAUUGCUGUUCGUUAGUCUCGCUAAAACUCGAGAGCGGCUGGACCGAUUUGGCUAAUUUUAGUUUUAAAUUAUUUGUGGAAGUCCAGAGGUUUAAAAGAACAUCACUAAAUUCACUAUACAAACACAACCACGCUUCCGUAUCGAAUAUAAGAAGCCGCUGCGAAUUAUCGAGCUAUAGUUCGCAACACAUCGUUAAGAUGGCCGCCAAACAUUACUUCAUCAUGUUUCUGCUCGUGUCUCUGAUGGCUCUCGCAGCCAGUAAGAGCUUGUUCGAGAAAUCGUGUCCUGAAAAUGCUCACACGACAUUGAACCCCUGCGUGCCGACCUGUGCAGACCCGGAAUUGAAACACACCAGCUGCGUGACGGCUUUCAUCGCAACCUGCCACUGUGAUUCUGGAUACCUCUUCAACUCGGAGGGAAAAUGCGUGCCCGUUGCCGAAUGUUGAAUAUGACGCGGAGGCUAUUUCAACUGAUGUCGAUUUGUAUUUUAUUAAAAAAGUUUAUCUAACUAUAAUUAAACUAAACUACACUUGAGACCUUAGAACUUAUAUCUCAAGGCGCAUUUACGUUGUAAAUGGCUAUGGGCUCCAGUAACUACUUAACACCAAGUGGGCUGUUAGCUCGUCCACCCAUCUAAGCAACAAACAAUAAAAAAAUAUGUCCAAAAAUUUAAAUUUAAUAUACAUAUAAUAAGUUUACAUAUCUGCUGUUUUUAAUAAAAAAAAGAAAUAAAAGAUUCAAA